AUGGCAUUGGCUACUUCCCCGAAGACCAUGUAUCCCCCCAUCAAGCUUCCGCAUCCGUUUCUCACGGCAUAUCGAGUCAAGUCUGUGGAAGACUCCACGGCUGCCAAGCUUAUCCUGACACUGGAUGACAAGUCUCCGAAGGGCCAACCGUUACCAGAGCCGCUGCAUCUCACCACUCUCUCAUGGAGAGACUUGACAUUUCUGCCUAAAGAUGACUGUCCGCCCGCAUCUGACAACAGCCCAUGGGCCCGAACUCGUCGCAGUCCUGCAACCAUCUUUGAAUGGACGGACGAAGAGGUUCCUUCUUUAGGCCAGAUCUGGAACGUCAUUCACGCUAUCUACCUGGCUCAUCCAGCAGUUGAAUUCUUCAGGCUUACUCUGAGAGGCAAGGGAAAGGACCUGGUCCGCAGAGAGCUGGCUGCGACCGGCCUGGGGAUAGAGCAUCCGGUGCUGCGGAACUUCUCUGAAGCGACGGGUGCCCCUUCGGAGGAGCUGGUCAUUCUUCGAAGCGCCUUUUGGCAAGGCGCAGCAUCUCCGACUGGUCCUCGGCCUAUCUGGGUUACUGGAGAUGGCACAGACGCUUCUUUGAGGAUCAGUCUGGCCCAAUACCCAAUAAUGGCCGAGCAUUACCAGUUCACAAACAAGUUUCCAAGCGAACCGGUGUACACUCGCCACCCGGUACGACGCCCGAAGCCUGAUCCAAAGUCGAUUGUCUAUAGCCGUUAUAUUCCUGAAGUGGACAUGCACUUUUCCCUGGAAACAAUCGACUGGCAGGAUGACGAGCAUUUGAAGCUCUUCAACAAGUGGCAAAACGACCCACGAGUUGCCCAGGGCUGGAAUGAGACAGGGACACUGGAACAGCAUCGGGAGUACCUGCGCAAACUGCACUUUGACCCUCACGUCCUGUGUCUGUUUGGGCGAUUUGACGACUCUCGCUUUGCCUACUACGAGCUGUACUGGGCUAAGGAAGAUCACUACGGCGCCCAUUAUGAUGCCCAGGACUAUGACCGCGGGAGGCAUUCUCUAGUCGGCGACGCUUCAUUCCGCGGAGCCCAGCGUGUCAAUGCAUGGUAUUCCAGCUGCAUCCACUACUGUUUCCUGGAUGACCCGCGAACUGCGAAUGUCGUUGGAGAGCCCAAAGCAACUGGUGCCACCAUUUUGUCCUAUGAGAACUCGCAGGGCCUCACUAUCGGCAAGUAUGUUGACUUUGGUCAUAAACGAUCGGUGCACUCAGUAUGCAGUCGCGAGAAAUGGUUCCAACUUUGUCCGCUGUUCUGGGAUGGGCGUGAGCGGCCACUUGAGUCUGCUGACCGGGCUGCGUGGAAUGCAAAGCUCUAAUCAGCCAGUUGGGCAGCUGUACCUUACAAUAGCUUGAC